CGUCACAGCCACAGCCUUGCACACUUGCCGGCAAAGAACCUCGAUCUCAUGACGAUGCACGCACCGCAACCAGCCUAUCGGAUGCAUAUUUAUUCCCGCAUGCGUCCUGUUGUUCCCAUGCUCAUGGGUGAUGUGACAACAUCAUGUCUCACCGUACUUGCAUCCAAGCAACAACGCUGUCCACUCAUCAAUUACAGCAGCAGUCCCAUCCCUUGCACACUUCGCGACCCUCGUCUCUCCGUCUGUCUGCUACUCGUACACACACACACACACACGCACACGGUGACGCUGAGCCAACCACACAGCACACCAGCUUCCCACUUCGCAGCCAUGCCUGCAUCGCCCUCAUCCUCGCUCUCACGCCGACCCUCAGCCACGCAGCAUGUGGAAGAGCAAGCUGCUGCAACCGAUGCCAUCGUCGCAGACCUGCAACGACAUCUGCCGGUUUUGGCACGACUCAGGCGUGCUCUCAAGCGAAACGACCGAGCCGUCAUUCGCCGCGUGAUGUUUCAGCUCUGCCUCCGACUUCGCAACGACAGUCAUGCGUAUGCUGAACCUGGCCCCUCUGGUGAUAGCCGGCCGCAGGAAGAGGAGGACGAGGAACCACUUCAUUUCGAAGAGGGACUGGAGCGCCUCGUGCCUGGACAGAAUGCACCCAGCAUUCACCGACAACAGCGAAAGGCUGGAAGACGACUGCUGCACGUAUCCCCCAAGCUCGUGUCCGCUUCCAGUCCUACCCCGUCGUCAAGGGGCAAAUCACCGCCACCAUCGCCGUCACUAACAGCGACUGCACCAGCGGGGGUUGCAGCAACACCAACAACGCCGGCACCAAGCCGGCUCACAUGGGCAAACCUCCCGCCGUGCUUUCCCCGUGCCAUUACUCGAGACGAGCUGCCUCGCCACAUGCAACACCGCCGCCGUGUGGACACAUGGCUGCAACAACAACAACAACAACAACAACAACAACAACAACAACAACAACAACAACAACAACAACUUCAAACAACACCAACAACAACAACACCAACAACCAACCAACUCAAACAACAACAUGAUGUGUCCGCCCCUGCAUUCGGCCCCCACGUCUGCGUGCCAACGGUGUUGCCAGUUUCAUUUCCUGGCAUGCAGCCCUUUCCUCUGUUGGCGCAUCACCCACAACCACAGCAACAGCAGCAGCAACAGCAGCCACCACAACACCAACGAGGUGUAACGCCAAUGAGUUUGGUUAACAACCAACAGCUGUGGCAAAUGGCGCAGUUGCAGCGCUCAUUCCUGCUCGCCCAGCUGUAUUUUCCACCAUCAGAACGCCUCAACGUCGUGCCAUAAGGCGGCACAUGCGUUGCUGUUUCUUGUAGUUUGCACGCAUGUGCACCGGUGAAGAGAAGUGUUUAUACAUGUAUACAAUUCGAAUUGUUUCCUGUUCGUGUGGUGUGGUGCUCAUGCCUCGCCACAUCCCCAGAACGUUCCUGCGGAGAACGCUUGCGACGUGCGUGUAACUCUAUGCAAGCCUGCAGCGUAUCUCGUCAUUUAGUGUUUUGAACAAGUGUGGACAAUAAAUGACACAACCCACCA